UAUGUCGGAUGCUCUUGCAAAUGCAGUAUGUGAGCGCUGCCAGACUCGGUUUGAUCCUUCAGAGAGGAUUGUGAACAGCAAUGGGGAGCUCUAUCAUGAGAACUGCUUUGUCUGUGCUCAGUGUUUUCGUCAGUUCCCUGAUGGACUUUUUUAUGAGUUUGAAGGUCGGAAGUACUGUGAACAUGACUUUCAGAUGCUGUUUGCUCCUUGCUGUGGUGAAUGUGGUGAGUUCAUUAUUGGGCGUGUUAUCAAGGCAAUGAACAAUAACUGGCACCCGGAAUGUUUCCGCUGUGAGCUCUGUGAUGUAGCGCUUGCUGACCUGGGUUUUGUGAAGAAUGCUGGGAGGCAUCUGUGCAGGCCGUGCCAUAACCGUGAAAAAGCUAAAGGACUGGGAAAGUACAUCUGUCAGAAGUGCCACUUGAUAAUUGAUGAGCAGCCUCUGAUGUUUAGGAAUGAUUCCUACCAUCCGGAUCACUUCAACUGCACCCACUGUGGGAAGGAACUGACUGCUGAGGCCCGGGAGCUGAAGGGAGAGCUGUACUGUCUGCCCUGCCACGACAAGAUGGGCAUCCCCAUCUGCGGAGCGUGUCGCCGGCCCAUUGAGGGUCGAGUGGUCAAUGCCCUGGGGAAGCAGUGGCACGUGGAGCAUUUUGUUUGUGCCAAGUGUGAGAAGCCAUUCCUGGGGCACCGACACUAUGAGAAAAAAGGACUGGCUUAUUGUGAAACUCACUAUAACCAGCUCUUUGGAGAUGUCUGCUACAACUGCAGUCAUGUGAUCGAGGGAGAUGUGGUAUCAGCUCUUAAUAAGGCCUGGUGUGUGAAUUGCUUCUCCUGCUCCACCUGCAACAUCAAGCUUACACUGAAGAAUAAGUUUGUGGAGUUUGACAUGAAGCCUGUCUGCAAGAAGUGCUAUGAGAAAUUCCCUCUGGAGCUGAAGAAGCGCCUGAAGAAGCUGUCAGAGCUGGCAUCCAAGAAGGCACAUCCCAAAGCUCUGGAUUUAAACUCUGCUUAAACAGGUCUGUCAGUUGACUGACUGCACUCUGACAGUCAUGAGCUGCUGCUCACAGCAGCUGUUGAUUACAGAGGCAAGUGAAACCAAAGAUAUGUAAUACCUUCCCCUGUUUCUGGUAAUGUAGCUUGCUUCUUGACUAGACCUUUUCUCAAAAAAUUGUCUAUUAACACUGGCAGAAAGAGGAAUAUGAUUUCUGCUUGAGCAAUUUACAGGCUAGUUAUUAAUUUGCUAAUAACUUUUGCCUUUGUGGGA